GCUCUGAAGUAAGUAAGUAGCUCUGGUUACUUCUGAGUAGCAAUUUUGUAAUUAUCCCUUACUUAUAAACAGAAGCAAAGUAGUAUUUUUAAAUGAAUUAAACAACUUCUACUAUUUCUAAUUUGUUCAAUUCAACAUGGAAUACAUUGCAUACUUUAUUGUUYCAACAAUAAUAAUUAUUCUAUUAUACAAUUUUAUUAAAUAUUUAAUAAAUAAAUUUCGGGAACAUAAGAUGGUAAAAAAAUGUCCAGGUCCUAAAGCUUAUCCUAUUAUAGGAAAUAUGCAUUUAUUUCYUGGUGAUUUGAAAGAUGUAACUCGUAAAAUAAUACAAUACUCUGCAAUCUAUUCUUCUCCUUGGAAACUCUGGKUAGGAUUAAAAUUAGYCSUAUUCUUCGAUGAUCCUGAAAAUAUUGAAAUUCUUUUAAAAAGCCCAAAAACUGAUGAGAAAAAUUUCAUAUAUAACUUUACUAAAGAUACUGUAGGMRAUGGAUUAUUGACAGCGCCAGCGGUAUUAUGGAAAAUACAUCGAAGAAUAAUAGAUAAAAAAUUCAAUGCCAAAAUGUUUUCAUAUUAUAUGGAGCCAUUGAAUAAGAAUUCAAAAAGGCUAAUAAACAUUUUAGAAACUAGAAACGGAGAAAACGUAGAUAUAUUUCAUUACGUACAUUUAUGUACGUUGGACAUAAUAUUUGAUAGCCUWUUGGAAUCUGAUUUAAAUUUGCAGAAUACCCUAGACUGCAAACUUGRUAGAUAUGUAAAAGAAGUAAUGGAUCUAAUGAUGGAAAGGGUCUCGAAAUUAUGGUUACAUCCAAAUAUUAUAUUUAAAAAUUCAUCUCUAGGAAAGCGGUUACAUGAAAAUCUCGCAUACAUUAAUAAUAUAACAAGCGAGAUUAUUAGGAAAAAGAAAGAGUCAAUAGAGGAAGAGAAAUUUACCCGUGAAAGAAAUGGUCUAUAUGCAAAUAAAGUAAAAAAUACGAGUCCAUUUCUCGACGCACUUUUUGAAUCACUUUACGAGACCGGAAAAUAUUCGGAGGAAAAUAUUCGCGAUGAAAUAGAUACAUUUAUUUUUGCUGGAAGUGAUACUUCUGCAGGAACUCUUACAUUUUUAUUUUUAAUGCUAGCAUCUUUUCCUGAGAUUCAGAAUAAAGUUUAUAAGGAGCUGUGCGAUAUGUACGGUUCAAGCAAUGAGAAUGAUGAUCAAAUUACAUACGAUGAUACUAAGAAAAUGUAUUAUUUGGAUCGAGUCAUAAAAGAAACACUUCGUCUUUUUCCUMCUGYUCCAUUUUUUGGACGAACAUCAUGUAGCGAUAUAAUAGUGAACGACAACAUUGUAGUACCAAAAAAUACUACAUUAUUUUUUUCGAUAUAUUCUUUGCAUCGAAAGGAUAAAUAUUGGACGGAUCCUUUACGGUUUAAUCCUGAUCGUUUUCUUCCGGGAAAUUAUGAUCCGAAGUGUUUCAUUCCAUUUGGUUCUGGGAAACGAGGAUGUGUAGGUAAAUUUUUUGCCAUGGCACAAGUGAAAACUAUAGCUGCUAGUCUAUUGAGAAAAUUUACUGUUGAAAUAGAUAAUCCAGUAUCAGUUGAAAAUAUUGGCCUACAAAUAUCCAUAACUUUGAAACCAGCUGAAACUAUACUUUUGAGAUUUAUCAAACGAUAAAAUUUAUUAUUUUUGUCAGUACUAUGUUCCGAAUAAAACAAUUGUAAUAAUUAA